AUGUACAAAUUACAACUGCAGUUAAUCCCACCUAGUGCAACGACGAACCCUGCACAAAAUAAUGCUAGCCAGCAUUUCUUUAACAACUCAUUGAUGAGUGCUAACAUGUCUGGAAUUUCACUAAAUAAUUUUCCAACAAAUUAUUUAUUUAGAAGAGAAAAUGGGAUGCAUUUUAAUUCAGGAAGAAGAAACGUAAAUACUUCAGCCAUACCUAGGAUUAAUUCCAAUAUAAAAAGGGUUUUACAUUUUACAAAGAAAACGAUCAAUUUACAACAACUAAGUGAUGAGAUAAUAGAGAAAAUUGGCAAAAUGUAUCCUGAUUUGGAAUCUGAACUUGAAAUUGAAACUUUACAGGAUCAAUGGGGCUGUGAUUUGGAUCCUGAUUUUAUCGUAGGUGAAGUUUUUGCAACAGAUAGCGUUGUUCAAGUUCUUUUAAAGAAUGAUAUCGAUUGGACUGAACAUAUUCCAGUUUCUGGAUAUGCUAAUAAACGAAUGAAAGUAUCAUCAAUACGAAGUAACCCAAACCGGGCUACACCAUCCACUGCCACUCAGAAUCACCUAAAUCCUCCUUCAAUUAAUGUUACCAGUGCAUCUCACAGUGAAAACGAAACUAACGGAAUUACUUUACGUAAGAGAACAACGUCACAACCAUCAAAAGGAUCAUUUUAUAAGGGGAUCAGAAUAUCUACACCUUUGGUUCAUCAAAUACGCCGAUCAAGUGAAAUGAAUGACGAGGAUCACACCGUUGAUCCAAGAAAUAAAUCUAUCCUUCCACCGCCUUCCCAACCACAAUCUCCUCCAAUCCGUAUUAGUUCAGGUAUAGAAACAGGAAAAAGAAUUAGAAGCUUAGUGGAAGAUGAUACUGUUUCAAGAUCCGAAACUGUAGAUCCACAAAAGGCAAAACAGCAGAUCCUACAGUUUAAUUCCCCGCAUAUUCCUAUAACUACACCAAACAGGACAAAUGUGAUGACACGAAGUACAUAUUAUGAAGCAGGAAAAGAAAGUUCAUCUUAUGAUCAGAAUAAAAUACCCUCUGUUAAGCGCCAACAACCAUUGCAGACACCUAAAGUUGGCUCAAUUAGAAUCCAACCAGAAAACGAAGGAAAUGGUGAACCACAGUCAGGUUCUACUCCUCUGACUAAUGGGAGUUCCUUCAAAACAAAGAUUUCUGCAUCAGCAGUACGUUCCUUGUAUUCUCACCAGGUGUCUGUUAUAGCUGCAUCGACUAAAGAAAAUUUAAACAUAGAUGAUAUCAUCUCAGGUCAAUUUCCAGCAAGGCCUAAAAUAGUGAGAAACCGAGAAAAAAUCCCUAGAUCACCACCAAAAGUUUUAAAACGCCAACAAAGUUCAAUUGCUGACAAUAACGGUUCCCCUGUAAAAAAUAUUCCUAUUCAUGAAGAGGAGGAUAACCAAGUACAUUUGGCUGCACUUCCUGAUAGUGAGCAUGGUACCUUGAAAUCUGAUGAUGUACAUAGGAAACCAACAAGACAAAUAACAAGUGAGAUUGGCCAGAAGGUAUCUGCGAAAACAACUGUGCCAACAGUAUCUUCCAAUCCUCCUGUAAAAACCACACAUAUUGAACGUAGGAAAGAAGAGAUGGAUUUAUCUCUUACACAAGGCAAUUCCAAGACUGCUGAAACAACUGAAUCUAUCGAAAACAUGAACUCUAAGGAAUCGGUAGGGAAUUCAAGUUUCCAGAAGAAACAUUUGUUAGAGGCUAUGCACUCCAAAAGUACGAAGAUACCAGCAUUCCUGAGGGGAGAUUCUCAGAAAACUACGGCCAAAAGUUCAUCCAGAAAGAAACCAUACACAACCGUAUUGAACAAAGAUAUAGACAACUCAAAACCAGACCCAAGGAAUAUUAUGCCAAAGCACAUGCCAAGAAAUGCUGCUAGGAGAGCUGCUCAGAAACUCUCUGGAAAUCCUGACUCAGAUACUGAAAAUAGUUCUGAGAGUAGCAUUGAAAGUGGAACCAAGAUUGUACCGUCCACUCUAAGUGAGGGAGAAGAGUACGGGGAAGUGGAUGACGGGUUUGAUACAGAUACAGGGAUAGAAACUGAUUACUUCUCUGAUAAUUCGAUACCAGCUCAUGAGAAUAUUGCAGAACCUGGAAAUCCACUACUAAAACUGAACAUCGAUCCUAUCAAAGAGAGAAUAGUAACAGAAUUAGAUACUCAAGUUAUGCCUGAUCAACAAAAUACAAAUGGUAAUGAACAACAAACUCCUGAUGUAACCAACCACAAAAUAUCUGAAAACGUUAAAAAUUUUGAUAAGGUUAUUCCUGAUAGCGAAGGAAGUUUAUUUGCUCGCAACAGCAACGAAACCUUCUCUACUAUUAGUGGCUCUGCCCCGAACGAAUACAGUCAUUUGGUUAUCGGACAUGGAAUGCCAAAUGUACCAUCAAAUAAGACGACCCACAAGGAAUCUAAAACCAUCGAAUCUGUUACUAAACCUGUUCAACUUAAGAUAGCUACUUCUAACAACGAUGGAAAAGCAUCAAAUUUGAACUCACGAGACACCCCGAAGUAUCAUACAGGGCUUUUACAUCAUCAGCCCCCUAAAAUGAGACCAUCUUUGCAUACUAUUAUGGACAUCAAAGAGAAGAACUUUCAAACUGUCACAGAUAAUAAGGCCGCUGAUAUAACACAGGAGCAAGAAACUAGUUCAGAUGAGGAUAUGCCAAGUGAAACAAGUUCAGAAAAUGACUCCGACUACAUCGACUCCAUAGGUUUCCCAACACCUGCUUAG